AUGGAUUCCGAUCCUAUAGUUACGGCAGACCUCGAAUCCUCGCCCAGACGUAAGCUUCGAGACACAUCAGCCAGACAAGACUCAAGAAAAAGGCAGGAAACGGAUCUCGAAAAAAAGAAAAAGGAGCUACAGAAACUCGAAAAAUCUGAGGAAGCUGGAGAACUGUCAGUUUCUGACAAAAGGAGAAUUGCUAAGCUCCGGGACGCGCUUGAUACUAGCAAGUCAGUCAAUCCUCAGAGUAAGCCUCAGUAUGAAGAGUCCGCCUCUGGCGAGAAUGAGGAUCCAGAUGAUCAAAGAUCUUUUCCAAAUUCGCACGACGAUGAUUCAUCUUCAGCUGAAGACAGAAGUCCUGUUCCCAAAACCAAAAAGAAAGGAGAGAAGAAUCCAACGACCAAGAAUGCUCCUAAAAAACCCCCCAUGAAUACCGAAGGUGGUGUUAUUGUAGGAUACUCUCGAGCCAAGUCAUUCGGAAACAUACGUUUCAUUUAUCGCUUUGGAGACCCUCUUGACAAACUUGACAGAUCGAAAUAUAAAUUUGGGCCGCCAAUAUCGCCAAAAUCAUACAAGGAAAAAGCUAUCAAAGAUCUUGCGCUUAUUUCCAGCAAAACCGAAAGUAUCCUGGAUAUCAAAAAUGGUGUCCGGUGGCAGUAUGGCUACGACAAUAUCGAAAAAGUGGUCAAGGUUCUGACUGUGGAACCGGACUCACGCCGAAAAUGGAAGCCACGGGAAAAAAAAGGAAAAGAAAUUCGUAUAUUUCCAACCAUUCUUUUCAGGAUACAAUGGUGUGGUAUUGAAGAGAAUCACAAGGCAGAUUUCCUGGAGAAAGACCAAAGUUGGAUUUUCAGAGGGAAGGUGAUGAGCAGGCUCAAGUCGAAAGAAAGAUCGCUCCUUGAUGCAUGGGGUCGUGCAAAAGCAGAGGAACAAGAUCUCGGCUACCGGGAUUGGCUAGACGAGAAAAAGAUUACCAAUCAGGACAGAGACUCUACCUUCUAUCCAGGCGUUGAUUGGGCAAGCUCUUCCAAAAAUUCGAACUCUUCCAAAAAUUCGAAAAAAUCUAGGUCGACUCCCAUACAGAACCAAGCUAACUCAAAAAGUCAGGUUCCGGAAAGUGAAAAAGGUGAUUCCACAGAAAAAAGUCAUAGACCUUCAAGGAAGCCACAAAAUAAGAGACCAAGAGCGGACUCCGAACGUCUCCGAAAACCGUAUCAAGAAGCCUCGGUCUGGUUCAAGGCCAACUGA